AUUUUUUUAUUCGUACGAAGGUUCGCGAUUGGCGGGUGUUUAACCCCCACCCCCCAAAGAUUAUUAAUUAUCUUUGUCUCUUCAGAGUCCCGGGGUGGGGGUGUUCGCCCCUCUGCUGAGCCGGUGUCAAGGGAAGCCCCCCCCACCCCCUUUGCCUGGGGGACCACUGCCUCAGGCUCCCAUAGAAGGCGACCCCCAGUCCACCGUUGGGUCUAAGAAGCACAGGGUCUUUGCCCUCACCAGCAGCAACGGCAGCCGCUUCUCAUUCCUCCUCCUGCCCCUUCUCACUCGCUGUAACCGGCGCCUUCUCUGUUCCCCUCGGCGGCCGCUGCUGCGCAUCAUCAAAACAUGCAGGAUGAGCUGCUCCUGGGGGUGACACAGCAACAGCCAGGCAACGAGAGGCUGGGCAGCAGCCCUACAUCAGGACACCCCCCUCUCGGCCACCCCUCCUCUGACUUUAAACCUAGUCUCAGCCCCCAUCAGGAUUUAAACAAGCAGCAACCGCAGCAGCAACAGCCGCCGCCUCCUCAGCUGAGCCAGAAGAGGAAAGAGUUUAAGCAGCAGCAGCUCAGCAGCCCAGCCCAGCUCGGCAGCAGCCACCCCCUGAAUAACCACCACCCCCCAGACUAUCAUCACCACCCCCCUCAGCAGCAGCAGCAGUUCAGCCACCCCACUGACAAGUACCAGCAGCAGGAGCACAGGCAACAGCAGCAGCUCCAGCUCCUCAGCGCUCACCCCCUGGAGCCGCCGCGGACGGGGGACUACCCGCACCACCGGCCCGUGAGCCCCGCUGAGCACAAGGGCGGCGCGGACAGGGGGGGUUCUGAGCGGCUCGCCCCUUCCUGCCCGGGGGGAUCGGUGUCCGCGGACCCCAAUGUGGGGGUGGCCGCCGCCUCCUGCGUGAAUCCGCCUCCGUCUCCUCCUCAUCUGCAGGCGAAAGCCAAGCUGCCCCCCAUGGAGUCCCCCCCGAACAGCCACUUGCUGGGCAGCCCCGGGAACCUACUGCCCGGCGGGCUAGGCUCUGGCUUUAGCAGCUUGCAGAGCCCGGAGAUCCCCAGCCCCCAUCACCAGAGCGGGGGCGGCUCCUCCUCGGCGGCUUCCCCUCCUCCUCCGCCGCUGCCCGGCUUCGGCACCCCCUGGUCGGUGCAGACCUCGUCGCCGCCUCCGCAGCAGACGCAGCAGCCUCCAGUCUCCAGCGGCGGCGGCGGGCAGAUCAGCGCGAUGCCACCCCCGAGCCCGGAAUCCGAGACCAGCUUCUACCCGGGGAUCCCGUCAUCGAUCAACCCCGCUUUUUUCCAGAGCUUCUCGCCGGUGUCUCCUCACAACCCCUGCGCCGGGCCCUUCAGCAGCCCCUUCUCGGCCGCCGCCCCCCCGCCGCCGCCGCAGAUGAAUUUACCUCAGCAGCAGCAGCAGCAACAGCAGAACCGGAGAUCCCCUGUGAGCCCCCAGCUCCAGCACCAACACCAGGCGGCGGCUGCCGCCGCCGCCUUCCUGCAGCAAAGAAACUCCUACAACCACCACCAGCCUCUCCUGAAGCAGUCACCCUGGAGCAAUCAGAGUAGUGGCUGGAGCACAGGAAAUAUAUCCUGGGGAGGAAUGCAUGGCAGAGACCAUCGUAGAACUGGAAACAUGGGAAUUCCAGGAACUAUGAACCAGAUCUCACCUUUGAAGAAGCCCUUUUCUGGUAAUGUCAUAGCUCCUCCUAAAUUCACUCGCUCCACUCCAUCACUGACACCAAAAUCCUGGAUUGAAGAUAAUGUUUUCCGAACUGACAACAACAGUAAUACUCUCCUUCCUUUGCAGGAUCGAAAUAGAAUGUAUGACAGUCUGAAUAUGCACUCUUUGGAAAACUCCCUUAUUGACAUUAUGAGAGCAGAGCAUGAUCCACUUAAAGGUCGCUUGAGUUAUCCACAUCCAGGGACUGACAAUCUUCUGAUGUUAAAUGCGAGGAGUUAUGGUCGAAGACGAGGCCGUUCUUCCCUCUUCCCAAUAGAUGAUGGUUUGCUGGAUGAUGGUCAUAGUGAUCAAGUUGGAGUCUUGAAUUCACCUACCUGCUACUCAGCUCACCAGAACGGAGAACGAAUUGAGCGCUUUUCUCGAAAGGUGUUUGUUGGAGGUCUUCCACCAGACAUAGAUGAAGAUGAAAUUACUGCUAGCUUCAGACGAUUUGGACCUUUGGUAGUAGACUGGCCUCACAAAGCAGAAAGCAAGUCCUAUUUUCCACCAAAAGGUUAUGCAUUCCUCCUGUUCCAAGAAGAGAGUUCUGUUCAGGCCCUGAUUGAUGCCUGCAUUGAAGAAGAUGGAAAGCUCUAUCUGUGUGUUUCCAGUCCUACUAUCAAGGACAAGCCAGUUCAGAUCCGUCCCUGGAAUCUAAGUGAUAGUGACUUUGUGAUGGAUGGGUCCCAGCCACUUGAUCCUCGAAAAACCAUUUUUGUUGGAGGAGUCCCUAGACCAUUAAGAGCUGUGGAGCUGGCCAUGAUCAUGGACCGUCUGUACGGUGGAGUUUGUUACGCAGGAAUCGAUACUGACCCUGAGCUGAAAUACCCAAAAGGUGCUGGACGCGUUGCUUUUUCCAAUCAGCAGAGUUACAUUGCUGCCAUCAGCGCUCGGUUUGUUCAACUUCAGCAUGGCGAUAUUGAUAAACGAGUGGAGGUAAAGCCAUAUGUGUUGGAUGACCAGAUGUGUGACGAAUGCCAGGGUGCACGAUGCGGUGGGAAGUUUGCUCCUUUCUUUUGUGCCAAUGUCACUUGCCUGCAGUAUUACUGUGAGUUUUGUUGGGCAAAUAUCCACUCUCGUGCAGGACGUGAAUUCCAUAAGCCAUUGGUAAAGGAGGGGGCUGACCGCCCACGUCAGAUCCACUUCCGCUGGAAUUAAACAUGGUGAACCAGCAUCUACAUAAGGAAAGAAAGGGUGCAUGUGGCUUACUGUGUUUGAAGAUACUGACAUGCAGAAGAAAUAAGUGCAUUCUUCUGCUUUUCACCCCAGCUAUCAAUACAUGCAUCUUUAUCAGCAGCCAAAACACACUACAAGCCUCUUGUUUUUCACCAAAACCCUACAUCUCAGGCUUACUAAUUUUUGUGAUAUUUUCAUGUUAAAAUAAAAUGUUUUUUUGUAUUUUCUCCAAGUUAUUUUUAUAUGUAAAGUUAAAACUAGAUAUGAGAAUGUUUUUUGCGUAGGGGCACACAGUCUGCUGCUAUAUUUCGUGGGUGAAGCGUGCACUUAUUUCUAAACAUGGGUUUUUAAACUUCAAGAUCUGCCCCAGUAAUUUACCAAAGGUAGCAAAAUAGUGAAGAUGGAAUAUGUCUGCUACAAAAAAAACUUAAAAAAAAGGAAAAAAAAAAGGAAAAAAAAAGCUUAUUUUUAUUGUUGUUGCUAUUUUCUGUGUAUACAUGAACUAAAAAUUAGGGUUGAUUUUUUGCUCUCCAUUUUGACUUGCAAGAAAUAAUACCUCAAGAUAAUCUGAUUUAUUAGCUAUUUUUAAACAUUUUUAAUCACAAGCUGUAUUAGCUUUGCUGCUAUAUAGGUGUUAUGUGUAAUGCCACCUAUUAAUACGGGAUUGAAACGUUUGAGACACACUGCAUUACAGAUUAAAUGCAGGCAGCACAAUAUGGCCUAAACUGCCAUAGUUUUAGAAUGUGAAAAAAAAAAAAAGGAAGAAGAAAAAGGAGAAAAAAAAAAAAUAUUGCAUGUUUACUUACCUGUAUACACCAUAUGCAUGCACUAGAACUAUUAAUUAACAAGAGGUGAGUUAUUGCAGAUGUUCAAAAGAGAAAAAUACAAAGGCUCUCUCUCUC